AUGGAGAAGUACGAUCAGAAUUCCGUUGUUGCGAUCAUCGGAGUGGGAUAUGUCGGCGAACAUCUCAUGGAAGUCUUCUCUUCCGCUUACCAGGUUAUCGGGUACGACAUCUCGGCUUCUCGAAUAGAAAGACUGCGCUUGAAGCACUCCCGGAGAGACAAUGUCACAUUCUCAACCGAUGAGACUGAUUUGAGAGACGCGGCACACUUUCUCGUUUGCGUACCGACCACCCUGGGAUUGAACGGCCAAGUCGACUCCUCACAUGUUCGCAGCGCAAUAGACAUGCUGCAACGCUACGCAACCGACAAGUCGAUAGUGGUCAUAGAGAGUACCGUUGCUGUCGGCAUGACAAGAGCAUUGCUUGGGCCGCUGGCCGGAUCGCGCGGCAUCCUUGCUGGGAUGUCACCAGAGAGGAUCGACCCAGGCCGAAUCGAGCCGCCGCCUAAAUCAAUACCAAAGGUUGUCUCGGGGCUCGACGACAUUGCCCCGGGCUCGCUGGAUGCCAUUGUACGAUUGUAUGAGACGGUUUUCGAUACUGUGAUCCCUGUCAGCAAACCCGAAGUCGCGGAGAUGUCAAAGCUGUAUGAGAACUGCCAAAGGACGAUAGCCAUUGCGUACGCCAACGAGAUGUCAGACGCUUGCCAGGGACUGGGGAUCGACCCGUUCGAAGUGGCACGCACAGCCGCAAGCAAACCUUUUGGGUACCUGCCCAUGUACCCUUCAUUGGGAAUCGGGGGUCAUUGCAUCCCGGUCAACCCGAUCUACUUCAUGUCGACGUGCAAUUUGCCGCUCCUCCAACAAGCGCACGAGAAGAUGAUGUCGCGGCCGUCGCGAAUUGCUAGCCAGCUUCUGGCAACUAUGCUAGACGAGUGCCACAAGAAGCAUGGUUCGACACACCGCCCCCGGCUUCUUGUCGUCGGAGUCGGUUUCAAGCCUGGCCAGUCGGACCUUUCACAUUCACCUGGCCUGCAGUUGCUGAACUACAUGCGACAGUCGGGAGAGGGCAUUCGCAUGACACAUCCAAACUUUGCUGGUCAACAUGCGUGUCUUUGGGACUAUGGGUUAGCAUGCGAUGGCACCCAAUGGCCUCCAGGAUUCAAUACAUCAGAUACGCCUCGGCCGAAGCUGGGAGAUGUUCCCUACGGAACGAAGAUCUUCAAUUGCAAAGUGGAAAAUACGCUUGCUCUCACGUACGAUGAUGGUCCCCGGGAGUGGACAGCGGAUUUGCUAGACAUCUUGAAGGCCAACGGCGUCAAAGCGACGUUCUAUAUCAGAACAAUCAACCUGUACUGGGAGCUGAUAGCCCACAAGUUCGACGAGAGGUCUGCGCUUAUUAGAAGAAUAUACAAGGAAGGACACCAGAUUGCGGGGCAUACCUGGGGCCACAAGGACUUGGACAAGAUGACUCCGCACCAACGCAGAGACGAACAGAUAAAAGCAGAGAUUGUCCUCAACGACAUCCUAGGCUUUUUCCCGACCUACAUGCGCCCGCCCUUCAAUAUCUGCGGCCCUGAGUGCCAGGCCGAAAUGGGAGAGCUCGGCUACCAUGUGACUGCAGCCGACCUUGAUGGACGAGACUGGGCAGGUAAUUACACCUACACGGAAGAGAAUUUUAUGGAGAAGAUCAAGGGCAAGAACCGUAACGGGGUUCGGGCCUGGUUGGGCCUGGCGCACGACACCCACGAAGGUACCGUGCAUAGAUACACACAGUUCAUGAUUGACAACGCACGGGCGCAUGGAUACAAGCUGAAGAAGGCCGGUAAAGCGAACAAAGCCCAUGCGCGAACCGACUCCGCACCUCCCGUCAGCAACCCGGGUCCGCUCACUCCUACCGACGAGGCCUACGAUGUCUCGGGCUUGGAGGCACAGAUCCUCAAGGCCCUAGAGAAGCUUACGCAUGACCUCAGCCAAUUGCGCAGUGGAGGAAAGACGAACCCUGAAAUCGUGGAGAACUUGAAAGUGCAAUUGGGCACGGCAGGAAACAAAGAGACGGUGAGACUGGGGGAUAUCGCACAGGUUGUUCCCAGAGGGAGAAUGUUCAAUGUCAUCUGCGGGGAAGACACGCACGUCAAGCAUGUCACCAGCGCCAUCGCCGCCUCUCCACACUCGCUCACACCCCUCACACCCGAACCCUCCAAUCCUCUCACCAUCCAAGUCCCGCUCCCACCACCGACAGGAGAGUCGCGUCGCGCAGCCGUCGAGUCGGCCGUCAAAGCUUCUGAGCGAGCAGACAAGCUGAUACAACAAGGGCGUCAGGAACACAACAAGAAGCUGAGGAAGUUUGAGCUAAAUCGCGAUGUGCUGCCAGAUGACCUUCAGAAGGCGAAGAAAAAGAUGGAGGAGGUUGUCAAGAAGGGACACGAGGAGGUUAAGCGCAUCAGUGAUGGUGCGAAGAGGGUGCUUGAGAGUCAGUAA